AGAUAAUUAUAACACAAUGUUGUAAUUUACAGAGAGAUCUCCCUGACUGAGGAAAUCCACACGGGAUUCUGUUAUAAAACCACAGGAUAAAGAUGAAAUAAAUGUCUGCUGUCAAUGAUGUAUAGAUUAGUGUUACAGAAAUCUGUCACAGUGACAGGUGUUAGACGUGGUCUUCAUAUUUCCCGUGUAUCGUCAGACCGGGUCUGGAUCAGUGAUUAUAGAAAUCUCAUCUUGACAAACACAGCAGGUGAUAAACUACAUCAUCUGACAGAUAUAAAACACAAUGGUGAUGGAGUACACACAGUAACUAGAGACGGUGAUUUAAUUUAUAUAGACAGUGACUAUAACAUCAACAAACUGUCUACAGAUAACAAAGUAAAGACCACAUUAAUAAAGUACACAGGACCAUGGGAACCACAGUGUGUCUACAGCUCCCCCUCUGGAGACCUGCUGGUCGGGAUGUGUCAUACUGAUACAGAUACAGGCCAGGUAAACCGUUACACUAACACAGGACAACACCUACAGACCAUACAACACGACAACAACACAGGUCAGGGACUGUAUAGAUAUCCUAUCUACAUCACAGAAAACCGCAAUGGAGAUGUUAUUGUGUCUGACUGGGACCGUUAUGCUGUAGUGGUGACAGAUGGUGUAGGUAGAUAUCGCUUCUCCUACACAGGACCUCCAUCAGGAUCACGACUAUAUCCACAAGGAUUCUGUACUGACGCGCUGUCACACAUCCUGGUGUGUGAUGAUAGAACCCACUCAGUACAGAUACUGGACGGUGAUUGGAGAUUCCUAUCACAGAUAGAGACACGACAACACGGGAUAGACGGACCAUACAGCCUGAGUUAUGAUGAUAGAACACACUGUGUCUGGAUUGGAUCAGGGAACAACAACACAGUGAACAUUUACAGACUUAUACAUGACGACUCCCUGACUGAGUUUCUGAGGAAGGAGAAGACAACUGUUUUUCAUGCCAGAGGAAUACUUGUUGGAUGUACCGAGGCUGGAAAAACAACACUACUGAGGCGAUUAAGAGGGAAACGACAAAAUGUAGGUGAAGUUACAAAGUCAUUCAGGGGAAUAACAACACUGCUGAAACGAUUAAGAGGGAAACGUCAAAAUAUCAGUGAAGUAACAGAGUCCACUAGGGGACUGGAAGUCCAUCAGCAUCUCUUCAUUGUGAAAGAUAGAAUUUUAGAAGUCAGUCAAUGCAGGCAUUGGCCAACACCACAGUCAGCCAAUGCAGGCAUUGGCCGACUACACAGUCAGUCAACGCAGGGAUUGGCCGACACCACAGCCAGCCAAUGCAGGCAUUGGCCAACACCACAGUCAGCCAAUGCAGGCAUUGACCGACUAAACGGUCAGUCAAUACAGGCAUUGGCCGACUACACAGUCAGUUAA